GUUUCCGGUUCCGGUUAUACACGCUACAUUGCCAGAGUGCCACGAAGCAGGAGUCUGUAACAAAUCGACACUAAAAAAAUUAUGGGAAACGCUAGAAAAGCCGAUGCUAAGCUAACAAAGGAGGAGGAAUUGCUGUUGCAAGACUUUAGCAGAAAUGUCUCGACCAAGUCUAGCGCGCUUUUCUACGGAAACGCUUUCAUCGUAUCCGUUAUUCCAACUUGGUUAUUUUGGAGGAUACAUCAAAUGAAUCCAAUCAGUUCCGCAGCACUAUUCAUUGUAAUGGUACUUAUUAGCACUGGUCUGGUGGCAUACGCUUACAAGAACGUGAAAUUCAUUCUUAAACACAAGAUUGCACAAAAGAUUGAAGAUGGUGUAUCUAGAGAAAUUUUAAGAAGCAUUGGAGAUGACAAGAAAAUGUCAAAGAAGGAAAAAGAUGAACGUAUUUUAUGGAAGAAGAAUGAAGUUGCUGACUAUGAAGCAACGACCUUCUCCAUUUUCUACAACAAUGCGCUCUAUCUUGUUCUUAUCGUUGUUGUUUCAUUCUAUGUUUUGAGAAGUUUCUCGCCAAUCGUUAAUUAUAUUUUUUCAGUUGGUUCCACCGCUGGUCUACUCGCUCUGUUUUCAACAUCUACCAAGUAAUGCGUUAAUAUAUUAUAAAUACAAUAACUAUUACAAUGGUUGC